AAAUCAAAAAACUGUAAAGCUGCUGCUUUUGAAUCUGAGAAUGGGCCAUCGAAUGAACUGAUAUCUCCAGUUAAUAGUUGGAUAGAAGUUUAUCUAAAAUCAGAGAAGAGAUGGAUUUGUAUAGAGUGUAUAAAUAAUAGCAUUGACAAACCAAAUUUAGUUGAAAAGACUGCUACACAACCGUUGACCUAUGUAGUUACCUUUGAUGAUAAUGAAAAAUUAAGGGAUUUAACUAGCCGCUAUGCUGACCGAUGGUUGAUUUAUAAUCGUAAGUUACGUCCUGAUCAGCCGUGGUGGGAUGAGACAAUGGCAUCGUAUGAGCCAUCUGAUAAAAAGGCAAAUAAAAAAGAAGAUGAAGAGUUACUAGAGAAUCUACGUAGUAAACCAAUGCCUACUACUAUAUCUGAUUUCAAGAAUCAUCCAUUAUAUGUAUUGAGAAGGCACUUGUUAAAGUACGAAGUAAUUUAUCCAGAAGAUACUGAACCCGUUGGAGAAAUUCGAGGGGAAGCUGUUUUACCUCGGGACAGCGUAUACACGUUACAUACUAGUGAAUCUUGGUUUAUAAAACAUGGACGAUCAAUUAAGAAAGGUGAAGAGCCUGUUAAAUCUGUUCCCGCGAGAAUAUUUAAUCCUAAUAAAAUUGCUGCUAUUGGUGCAGCUACCAAGAUGAAUGAUUUAUACGGAUUAUGGCAAACCGAGCAAUAUCGACCACCGCGUGCUAAGAAUGGUAAAGUGCCUCGGAACGAAUACGGAAAUGUAGAGGUAUUUUUCCCUCACAUGAUACCCCCUGGGACUGUACAUAUGAAAAUUCCAAAUUUAAAUCGCAUCGCUCAGAAACUUAAAAUUGAUUGCGUAUCAGUUGUAACUGGUUGGGACUAUCAUCGUGGGCAUGUUUAUCCGGUCACUAAUGGAUAUCUAGUAUGCUGUGAAUUCGAAAAAUUACUUUUAGAUGCUGUACGAGAAGAAGAAAUGGCAGAAUUGCAACAAAUACGGAAGGCGAAGGAGGAACAGAUUUUAAAGCGUUGGAAACGACUCACGAAAGGAUUACUGAUAAGAGAUAAGCUCCAGGAAAAAUAU